GAAACCAGGAAGUUAGGAGGAAUUAUUACAGUCUGUCCAGCUCAGGAUGUUAAAGGCGAUAACCUCCACGGCCUGGUUAUUCAUUAGCAAAAAGGAAAGCUCCAGGGAGAGCAGCGCCGGUGCAGCUGCAGGGUUGAGGCUGGGUGAGAGCAGCUGGAGCAGGCCAGGUCGGGAGGUUUGGCCCCGAGUUAGUAGCAAUCUCUUGCUAACUUUUUCUUGGGACAGAAGGAAAGGUGGUUGUUCUUUGUUCUCAGAUGUCUGCUUAAGUCGACCCCCUUCUAUUUUAUUUAUUGUGGGGUACCUAAGCGGUCAGGAAGAAGUACCUUCCCACUGGACCUCCUGCCCAGAAGUCCCCUCUUGAUUUUGCCCCAGGGCAGCUGCUACAAACAGAAAGUCAGCUGUGAGUCUGUCUUAGCCAAACCCAGAUCUGCCGGAGAGAUCUGAAGCGGGACUCUAUCCGCUCUGCACAGUAUGGUGAGUGGCGGCUGAUCUGGAAACUGCUUGGUCUCGGAGGAAGACCGUGAAUCUGGACAGCCUGUGGGGAGAGGUUGUCCCUCUCCCCUACUCCCAGCCCGGGCACCAUGGGCAGCAUCUGUGUGAGGCUCCGGGCGUACAUGCAGCGCCUUCUCCCCUGCUGGUCCCACGAGGCAGACAAGUCAGUGGUGAUUGAGAAUCCAGGGGCCUGCUGUACCCCAGAGACUCCCAGGUCACAGGAGCCCCAGAGGAGCCAUGGCCACUACUUUGUGGCUCUGUUUGACUACCAAGCCCGUACCGCAGAGGACCUGAGCUUCCGUGCUGGCGACAAACUCCAAGUUUUGGACACUUCGCAUGAGGGCUGGUGGUUGGCCAGACAUUUGGAGAAGAAGGGAGCCGGCUUGGGACAGCAGCUGCAGGGCUACAUUCCUUCCAAUUACGUGGCAGAGGACCGGAGUCUCCAGGCAGAGCCGUGGUUCUUUGGAGCAAUCAAAAGAGCAGAUGCAGAAAGGCAACUACUGUAUUCGGAAAACCAGACGGGCUCCUUUCUGAUCAGAGAGAGUGAAAGCCAGAAGGGUGACUUUUCCCUCUCAGUUUUAGAUGAAAAUGUUGUAAAACACUACAGAAUCAGAAGGCUGGAUGAAGGUGGCUAUUUCCUUACCAGAAGGAAAAUCUUUUCAACCUUGAAUGAAUUUGUGAACUACUACACCACAACAAGCGAUGGCCUGUGUGUCAAGCUGGAAAAACCAUGCUUAAAGAUACAGGUCCCGACUCCUUUUGAUUUGUCGUAUAAAACUGUGGACCAUUGGGAGAUAGACCGCAACUCCAUACAGCUUCUGAAGCGACUGGGAUCUGGCCAGUUUGGAGAAGUUUGGGAAGGCCUGUGGAAUAAUACCACUCCAGUGGCUGUAAAAACAUUAAAACCAGGUUCAAUGGACCCAAAUGACUUCCUGAGGGAGGCGCAGAUAAUGAAGAGCCUGAGACACCCAAAGCUUAUCCAGCUCUACGCUGUUUGCACUUUAGAAGAUCCAAUUUAUAUUAUUACAGAGUUGAUGAGAAAUGGAAGUCUACAGGAAUAUCUCCAAAAUGACGGUGGGGCAAAAAUCCAUCUGGCUCAACAGGUAGACAUGGCGGCACAGGUGGCCUCUGGAAUGGCCUAUCUGGAGUCCCAAAACUACAUCCACAGGGAUCUGGCUGCAAGAAAUGUUCUUGUUGGUGAACAUAAUAUCUACAAAGUAGCAGAUUUUGGACUUGCAAGAGUUUUUAAGGUAGAUAAUGAAGACAUCUAUGAAUCUAAACACGAAAUAAAGCUGCCAGUGAAGUGGACUGCACCUGAAGCCAUUCGUACUAAUAAAUUCAGCAUUAAGUCUGAUGUGUGGUCUUUUGGAAUCCUUCUCUAUGAAAUCAUUACUUACGGCAAAACGCCUUACAGUGGUAUGACAGGUGCUCAAGUAAUUCAGAUGUUGAAUCAAAACUACAGACUGCCGAAACCACUUAACUGUCCACAGAACUUCUACAGCAUCAUGCGGAAGUGCUGGGAUGCAGAUCCUAAGCAGCGGCCAAAAUUUGAGACCUUGUAUAGGCAACUUGAAGACUACAUUGAAAUUGAUUCUUCAUAUUCAGAUACAAAUAUAAUUUCGUAACUAUGAUUUAUAACUUCAUAGAAUGAACACUGAAGAAAAAGAAUAAAUAUAAUGAAGAUGUGAAAAAAAUUAGAAUCAUCUCUCCAGAAAUACAAUCUUAUAAACCAACUGUGAAAUCAGUUCAUUUUGACCUAUUCAGGUGAUAGGGUGAGCUCAGCUGUGUAUUAUACAUUUAAAAAGAUUAUCUCUGUAUUUUAUUGACUAGGGCACACUGCAGGACAGUCUAAUAUGAUAUGUCAUUUUCUCACUGCCUCGUACAACUAAACGCAUGAAAUGAAGUUAUUUUUCCUUUAAAGAACUACUCACUUUUCUAUUUAUUGUUGGAAAUGCCGAUCAAGAGAAUCAACAGAUGAUAGUUUUUACUCAGUAACGGUUGUAGCAUUUUCCUGUUUACUGAUUAGACGAGUUAUUCAUUAUUCCUUAAAUUGCUGAAUCCCAUCAGGCUGCUAUUAUGAAGGAAUUUGAUUGCUCUGCCGCACAGCAGGACCUGUGCUUUGAGAUUUUUCCCCCCUUUUCUUUUAAAAUAUCCUAUAACUACAAUGAUGGCAAAGCCAUGUUAAAUGACUUGAUUGUACUUGAAGUAAUUGCACAUAUUUUUCCUAUGCAUAAGAAAAUGAAGCAGCUGUUGAGAAAAAGAAUUAAAAUCUUUUUCAUUUUGUAGAAGGAAAUGAUGGCGUUUUUUUUCUAUACCUCAGUAUGUGUCAUCAGAGAACUGUCUGCAUUGGCUUUAGUUGUUUGGUGUCAGGAUCAGGUUGCAGAGCUGAUGAAUGCUUAUGUUUGGGGAUAUAAGGGAGCCACCAUGCUGACCACCUGGUAUGAGAAAUAGAUAUGUGGCUUAGGAAAGCCAGAGGAGAGCUGGAUGAUUGUUGCCACGUUUUCAGUAAGAAUAACAAGUUCCUUUGGUGCACAGGCUAGUUUUAAAUUGGCUACACAGCAGGUUAUGUCCUGCUUCAGCUCUUGAGUCUUGGGAUAAUGUCUGAAUUGUUUAUACCUUUUGUCUGUAGAGAACAGGAAGUAUUUUAGUUUCUUAAUUUUUUUCUAACCUUGGUAAGAACGUCUCUGUUUUCUUAGUGUAUCAGAUAUUCUGCCUAAAGUGAUGUCAACGUCAGAUUUAUUUAUUUCCAGACCUUCUAAUGCACAGCACUGAAUGAAUUUCCCAAAAGGAAACAGGGUAUAUCAAGUUUACCUUUUAUCCUUCUUUAAGAAAGAAGAGAAUAUCUUGAUAGUCACAAAAAUCUGCUGACAAUUAAAAAAAGAAAAAUCAUUUUUUUCUUUUUUUUUUUUUUAACGAGAAACUAGGGGGCAAAUCAUCAGGGACUAACCAUAAGCAGUUUGAUGUUGCCAUGGUAAAAGUCACACUCACAAAAAGCAACUUAGAGAAGGAAGUGUUUUUGAGUCACAAUGACAAGAGUUUGAAGCAGUUGGUUACAUCAUAUCCACAGCUCAGAGGAGAGAGAAAUAAGUACAUGCAUAUGUGGCUUGCUCAUUUGCUUGCUUGUGCUCAGCUCAAAUUCUAUAUUCUUAAAAUGUUUGGGACCCUUUGCCUAGGGAAUAGUGUGUCAUAUAAUAGGGUGGAUCUUUCCAGAUCAAUUAACUUAACAAAGGCAAUUCUCUACAGACAUGUCCACAGGCCAGUCCAAUAUAGACAGUAUAUCAUUGAACUUCUCUUACCAGGUGAUCUGGGUUGUGUCCAGUCGCCAAGUGUAGCUAGCCAUCACGCCACAUAAGACUCAAACCCUAUCAAACUUUCCAGUCUACCACAAGCAUUGUCUGUGGUCUGUGUUCCUGUGGUCACAGAUUCCCAUUGGUAGUCACUUAGGCUCCUUGUUCUACUUUAGCUAACAAGAGAAACGUGGCUUCACUUUUAGGCAUUAUCCAUAAAAAUAUUAUCAUAAACACAUUCUCAUCUUUUGAGGGGAGGAAGCUGAUGGCAAGUAUAAGUCCUAUGUUCAAGUCUGAACAACAAACAGUACAGUUACUGUGAGUGCUGAGUGUUGAAUGGCUUAGAAGAAGUUCUGCAUUGAAGCUGGGAUAUGAUCUUCUUCAAGACAAGCUGUUUAUUCAAAUAAAGUUAGAGAUUAGUGGAUGGAUAGAUGUCCAUUAACAAAACCAUUUAAGAGGCAUUAACUGUUGGAAUUAAUCUAUGUACAUCUCAAGCAUUUCUGAAGACUUUCAUCUGCAUCACGUGGAGCUAAAAACUGUAUAAGCACUAAGAGAAGUAAGAGUUAACAUUUUAAUCAGAUGACAGAGGAUGGAAUGAAAUAACUUCAAUUAUUCACUUCCAGUUAUCUAGUCUAAUCUAAGCAAAGAGAAGAUUUUCAACAACUAGUUGGUUAAAAUAAUAAUAAUAAAAGGACUAUUUUCUAUUUUUUCUGAC